CAGACGUUUCGGAAAAAACAUUCCGGCCAAAUCACGAUUAUCCGACCAGUACCUCUGUAAAGUACUUAUUUGACCAGCAUAUUUCAGGCGAAAUCUCGAUGUUUCGUGAAUUUUUGUCGAUGAAGGCCGAUAGUUAGAGAUUUCCGAUUCAUUACUGCAAAUUUUUCCUGAUUUGUCAUUGCCAUUUUCUCUCGUAUAAUCCUGAAUCCAAUGCCAUUUCAUUUUGAGGAGGUUGUGAGAGCAGUGUUUAAAGAAACAUAUAAUCUUUUGAGAUGGUGAGACCAUCAUCGUCGAGUGGCACGAGAACGAGGCCGGGAAGACGAGAGAAUUCGAGCAGCGACAGUGGUGGCAGUGGCCAAAUUUUCAAGGGUGUGAGGAUGAGGAAGUGGGGAAAAUGGGUGGCAGAAGUCCGCCUCCCGAACAGUAGAGAGCGCAUAUGGCUUGGGUCCUACGACGCACCUGAGAAGGCCGCUAGGGCCUACGAUGCUGCUGUCUUUUGCCUGCGGGGCCCAUCCGCAAAGCUCAAUUUCCCGGCGAACCCACCUGAGAUUUCUGCCGCUGGGUCCCUCAGCCCCGCCCAGAUACAGUUGGUAGCAGCCAGGUUCGCUCAUGAGGGACCACCGCCUACAUCAGGAGCUACGUCAGAUUCACCCGGCAUGUCGGGGCCAGAAAGACAGGAGCCGUCAGAAGGAAACACGUCGGAACAUUCAGAGCCGCUGCCACCGCCGCCUCCGCCCAUAGACUGGCCACUGAUGGACGAGUUUUUGCCAGAAUCCAACGGCGGCGGAGUUUUUCAUCCCUCGCUGGAGGGAUUCACGGUAGGUAAUUUCAUUCCGACAGAGGAAGAGGAGGAGGCCCCAGAGGCUGGGGAUGCCGGUUAUUAUGAGGCACCCACUGGUCUCUGGACCUUCUGAGCGGUGGUAUUUCGGUAGAGGCAGUGGUGGUGGCAGCGGCAGUGGGGCUUUUCUGUUUUUGACACCAGGUUUUGCAGUCCGAAAGUUUCCCCAUCUGCAACGCACCUCUCGCUAUAUCCUUACACUGGUGACUCCCCCCCUCUCUCACUCUAGGAGUGUCCUUCUCUCUCUCUCUAGAACAGAACCAUGGUCAAACAAGGUUUUACUAUCAGCCCGCGGCCCCACAUUUUUACAUGGCUGCAUCCCUCGAGUUUCUAUUUCCACCCCCAGCUCCUACUCUCUCUCUCUCUCUCUCUAAAAUCUGCUAUUACAGUCCUUUCUCUCUCUUAAUUCACUCUUCCUUUCUCUCUCUUAAUUCACCCUUCCUUUCUCAUGUAUUUUUACAGCUCUCUCUCUCUCGCUCUUAGUUAUCCAAAUACCAACCCCACUCUCUCUCUCUAGAAAAGCAGCAAUUACAGUCCUUUCUCUCUCUUAAUUCACCCGUAUCUCAUGAAUCUUCACAGCUCUCUCUCUCUCUCUAAGCCAGAUAUCAACCACUCUCUCUCUCAUCUCUCCUGCGAAUUUCCCACACGCCCGUGUAUCCCGCACGUGCGUAUGGCGCACACGUACAUAUCCUAUCGUUUGGCCAUCCACAAGGGAUAUAAGCACGAGGCUAGCUUUUUUCACGUGUGUUUUUCUCUCUCCUCUCACGUGCUGACGUCAAAGUACGUGUUUUCGUCCGUUAGUGCUAACCCGUAGCCCACCCGGAAUAAUGUUCCCGCCGGACCAUUUAGUCAUCUCGCGGGAGCAUUUAAUCAUUUGGCAUAUAUGUUGUAUUUAAUAGGUUGGUAUCAACAACGAACUUUGUUGUAAUAAAGAUUUUUAGUUUUUUUUAGUAUUUAUCCGUGAUGAUGUGUGCAAAAUAAUUUAAUUUGUAUUUUUCUUGUUGCUUGAUGAAAGACAAGGGCCUUGGGGGUCCUCUAAAUCGAAUAAGGUUAUGCAACAUAUGUUUUAUGUUUA